CUCAGCAGUGGCUCCAUCGUCGGAGCUUGUCCUUCUUCUCUCCCACCCACAGAACACAAUGGCUCUGUCGCCAUCUCUCCAGAAUCUCUCUGUUACCUCUGUCGCCAAUGGGAUUAGCAAUACCACCUCAAGAACCAGAAGACGACCUUCUUUGGUGGUUCACAUGGCGACGUCGGACACAUCAAUCGGUACUUUUGAAGAAGGACGGCUGGUGCGACCCAAGUGGACUGGACACACUCCUAUUUCUCGUCUCGUCGUGGCUCUUAUUUCCUUCAAGCCCCUCUACUCUAUCCUCAAGCUCGGCGCGAGGCAGGUCCUCAUAAGCACAGCUGAGAAGAACAACAUACCUUGGAGGGAAAUGGCGAAAGAGAUUUUAGAGUCAGACGCGUAUAAGGAGCUGGAAAGCAUUCGAGACCAUUCCCUAGAAUACCCUGAUUAUUACUUGAAUCCAUUCCAUGGAUAUGACGAGGGCAAUCUCACAUGGCUGGCAGCAGCUGAAGCAGAGGCUGCUACUUUGUCAAUGGUGAGACGAGCAAUUCCAGACGCUUCUUCAGUAGAUGAAGCAAAUCAGAUACUUCGUGGCAACUGGCUUCAAGCAAUCGAACAACAUCAUCUUAAGUAUACAAAAACAUCCAUGAUCAAUGACAUUCUAGAUAUUGGAUGCUCCGUUGGUGAAAGCACAAGACAUCUUGCUGCCAAGUUUCCCAAUGCCAAAGUCACCGGUCUAGAUCUGUCACCUUAUUUUCUUGCUGUAGCUCAACUCAAAGAAAAGAAUAGAGCACCACGUAAACAUCCCAUUAGCUGGAUACAUGCAAAUGGAGAAAACACAGGCUUGCCUUCCAAGUCUUUUGACCUUGUUUCCAUUUCUUUUGUGCUUCACGAAUGUCCUGAAAGAGCUAUAGUAAACAUGAUAAAGGAAGCAUUCCGUCUUCUUCGACCUGGGGGCACCAUAGCUUUGACAGAUAAUUCGCCAAAAUCGAAGAUUCUUCAGGAACUGCCCCCUGUGCUAUUUACAUUGUUGAAGAGCACAGAACCGUUCAUUGAUGAGUACUACUUGACUGAUAUGGAAGCUACUCUGAGGCAAGCUGGUUUUGUCAACAUACAAUCCAUUCUUACAGACCCAAGGCACAUGACUGCAACUGCAACGGUUCCCUAUUGAAAAUUUAAGGGGGGAAAAAUUAGGAGGAUAGAAAGACUUGGCUAAUUAUAAAUGAACAGAUGAACAUAUCUAUGUAAGUUCCACUGAACCUUUUUUUUUUUUUUUUUGGGUAGUUGAUAGUUAUAGGUGCAUUGUACUCUACCUAACUUAAUUACCCAGUAGUAUAUUUAGAGAAGUGUGGGAAUUAAUUUAUAGGGAAAACGAGAUUGAGAUUUGGUGGGA